GGUCUACAAUGACUGGAAUAAUUCUAGAUGUAUGUCUUUAAUUAUCUAUAAAUAAUUGUAGUACUCCAACUAAUAAAAAAAGAGAUCUAAAAAUAAGAUAAAAUUAUAAGAAUCAAUUUGUUUUUUUAAUGAUACAUGCACGUAUUGGUAUAAUCGUAUAAUCAACUAUGUGUGUGAAGGUACGAAAUAGUUUUGGUUGCAAUAGCCAAAUUGUUAUAAUUUUUGAAAACGAAACAACUUUACUACAUAAACUAAUUUUUAGGCUUACUUUUGUCUUGGUUUUAAACAUAAGUUAUCAUUAAAAUAACUUAAUUUUAUUAUAGAUUUUUAUGUAAUAACAUCUCUUGGUAAAUAAUGACAACAUUUUUUCAUCUUCGGGGACCGGAAUGAUUAUCCCUGCCCGAUGGAGUUAGGGUAGGGGGCUGGACGAUAAUAACUCUUCUGCAUCCCCUGAGAACCGCCAUUCCCGAGGAACGCCUCCCCACAUUGAGAACUCUUCCAAGGGCGGUUCCUUCCGAGAAGGGUUGAUUAGUCUGUUAGUUUCUUUGAUCUUACAAGGGCACCGGUUUAUGACGUACGCAUACAGCCAUACUCCGUCGUCUUGCACUUGGCAGAAGCACACAUUUAGGCUUUCUACUCCCACACAUGUCAUGUACGAAACUCCCAGUCCCAAUAAAUGUUGUACAUAUCUUCAUUAAAAUAUGGACUUCUAACUAUUAAUGGGCCUAUAUUUGGGUUUAAGCCUUCUGAGAUACUCUAACGAAAAAGAGGUCUUUGGACGGCGCCUACCACGUACCAACAACAGAGGACUACUCACGUGACGUAAGUAGAUUUGGUGGAGGGUAGCACGUGAGCCGACCAAAAGCAUGGGAACGCAAGACUGAGACAUCUAAAUUCCUUUUGCCUUCGUCACUUGGGAUCACGAAAGGGCUCUUUGUACUUUUCCAAAGAGAAUGAAAAAAGAAUCUCUGAUUCUUUAGUGACAUGUUUAUGUUCAGAGCUUUUGGUUAAAGUUUUCCAAAAAUAAUUCUAGCCAUUGAGAUACCGUAAACAAUAUUUUUCUGCCACCACUAUAACACAGGAAACGUACUCGAUGCCUUAAGCAAAAUUCAAUGGCAUGCUUAUUUUGUCAAGUUUAUAACGUUAAGCUAUGGUUAAUUGUCACACUAAUUAUAAGCGUUUGAUGUCUAUACUUUGAAUGCGAAUUUGUUGUUUUCAUGUAACAUAACAUUUUACCAUUCUAUAUUCCAAAAUAAUUUCUUAAUUAGAUAAGUUCAAAAAGAGAGCUGGUUUGGAAUGUGAUCUUUAAGUAGAACUAACUCCCUAUGACUCAUAUAAUUUAUUAGAUGAAUUUUUUUUAUUGUGGACAACGUAUAGUUUUUUGGUUUCUAAUUCCUUAUAUACAACAAAUUUGUAUAUCCGUCAUUAUGGGAAAGCCCUACAAUAUGCUAGAACAUACAUUAUAUCAUGUCAAUACCGCAUUAUUUUACUGUGUGCGUUUAUUGCUAAUCGAUCGUUGACCUUGAACAUUACUAGUAAUACAUAAGAUGAAAGUGAAUCCAUUUUGGCACAAACAUUUGAUAGUUCUUACCUCUACUCAUUUCUACCGACCCACACCCACCAAUUACGUAUAUACCAUUUAAAUGGUUUGCGUUGACCACAAAUUCACUUCUCAUCCUCUAGUUUUACCUCUACUCAUUUCUACCGUAUUUCUGAGAGACAAAUACCUUAUAAAUAUACAAACACAAAUCUUGUAUCCGUGGACCACCAACCCAAAUAUGUUUUCGUAAAGAAGGAAAAAAAUCACAUAUAUAGAGGAUACAUAGAACAAUGAACAAAAUGCACCACCCCGACCACACCACACCACCCCACCCACAAUAAAAGUAAUAAAAAGGAGAAGAUGGAAGAAUCAAACCGGGGUCUACCUGAUAUGGCACUAACCGCCAACGGGGGCACUAAAAAAAAACUCAAAAACUCUUAUAAAUAUACAAACACAAAUCUCCAAGCAAACAAAAACACAGAAGAAAAAAAAAAGUGCAAAGAAAGAAGAAGAAGAUGGGAAACUGUUUAGUAAUGGAGAAGAAAUUGAUAAAGAUAGUGAGAAAUGAUGGGAAGGUACUUGAAUAUAGAAAACCCAUUUGUGUUCAUCACAUCCUUGCUCAGUUCUCUGGCCAUUCUGUCUUCGACAACAAUACUAGUUGUCAUCUUCAGCCUGAUGCUAAGCUUCUCUCUGGUCGUCUCUACUACCUCCUACCAACAACAAUAAACAAGAAAAAGACCAAGAAAGUGAGGUUUGCUGAUCCUGAGGUGAAACCAGAAGAAAGAUUACCAAGUGAAGAAGAUGAACAACAUCAUGGUGAUACUGAUGAAAGCAAGAGCAACAGAGAUGACAACAAAAGCAUGAGUAUUGUGAGAAUGAAGAUCGUUGUGCGUAAGCAAGAGUUGGAGAAGCUGCUUCACGGAGGGUCGGUCCAUGAGAUGAUGUACCAGACUCUUGAGAAACAAGUUUUGCAUACUGAUGAUGAUGAUAAUCUUGAAUGUAAUGGAGGGUGGAGACCUGUGUUAGAUAGCAUACCUGAACCUGAAUACUAAGAAGAAUAUAACAGAUAGAUAAUAGAUAUAUAUACAAAAAAAGUCUUGAGUUUGUUCAAAGGACAAAAAUUUUUGGGUUUUGGUUGUAUAUAAACUUAAACGCUAUGUUAUAAACUAGCCCUGGAUGAUAAAACUUUAAUAUUUGUUUAGAAGAUAAGCGCUGGGUUAUUUGCUGUUAUCCUAUGGUCUUGCAUUACACGUUCAAUAACUCAACAAAUCGUUUGUUCAUCCUAAUUUUAAAACAGUAAUGGAAUGUCUAUAAUUAGAAAUGACACGAAUAUUUCCCAAUCAGCGUUUGCUUGCUCCCACAUUAGUAAUUUGUUGUGAAACGCAGCGUUUAGAGAAGAAAACAAAAAACUCGGCGUCCAAAUAAAACAAUCUGUCAUUUUUUCAUAAACUACUA